AUGAAACUACAAAUAUACACUGGAGCAGCUGACGAUAUGGGUGGAAAAGGACAUGCUGCCAAUGUUGUUCUUCACCUUGCAAGUGAUUAUUUGGAUAAAGGUUAUAGUAUAUACAUGGACAAUUAUUAUAACUCAGUACGCCUUGCUAGACAGCUGCUCAAUAGGAUGACGUAUUGUACAGGAACUUUACGGGCUGGAAGGAAAGAGACCCCUGGUGACGUAUCAAAAGCCAAAUUGAAGGUUGGUGAAUCAGUCCAACGAUAUGGCGGACAUGUUUGCGUGGGGAAGUGGAAGGAUAAAAGGGACGUUCUGUACAUCACAACCGAACAUGAAAAUACUCUCCAAGAAGUGACUUCUACCUCUGGGAAUACUAAAAUGAAACCUACACCUAUAGCGGAAUAUAAUAAGUACAUGUCCGGUAUUGAUCUGCAAGAUCAAAUUAUGGCAUACUAUCCAUCACACCGGAAGACCAUUAGAUGGUAUAAAAAAGUAGGCCUUCACAUAAUAGAAAUGAUGUUGUACAAUUCCUUUAUGUUGUACAAUAAAUUCUCCUCACCCAAAUUGUCGUACUUGGAUUAUCGCCACUCCGUUAUUGAGUCAUUGUUGCCAGAUCCAACUACUAGUACUACAGCGAAACCUACAAGUGAUGACCUUCAUCUUCCUAGUAAAUGUGAGGUAGCUGAAAGCGGAAGAAAACUUCGCAAACGUUGUCGGUGGUGCUCACAACAAGGUAUUAGGAAAGACUCACAAUACUACUGUGCUAAGUGUCCGGAGACACCAGGACUGUGUCUCGAAUUAUGUUUUGAAAGUUUUCACAAAAAUAUUGCGAAAUAA